UCGUAGGCAAAAAUAUAGAAAAUUACGCAGAACAGAUUUGUCCAUUAUUCAUUCGAAAAUGCAACAAAAUCGAACGCUCAAACGUCACGUGCACACCACCCUCAAAAAUGCCAGUUCUGAAAUAUUAGAUUAUCAAAACAAAAUGACGCAAUUAAUGCAGGAUGGUCCAUUACCUGAAGAUGACGAAGCUCCGCAUGAAGAAUCAACAACGGCAGUCAAGAAGAGUGGAGAACCGCAAGGGGAAGUUGCCAUAGCUAGUGAUUCAGAGAAUGAUUUGAGAGAGGCAUCGGAAUCGAUGGUUGGAAAGGUAGAGAGAAUUCCAUUGAUGGUAAGCAACAUUGACCUGGAGAUAAUUUUCACAGAUUACCGUGAUCAAUGCGAAGACAUCUUUGAUCUAUGUCAUAGCGAUAUCAUGGAUAUGCGACCGACUUCACGCUUCACGAAGGAAAUUUCAGAAGAAUCUUGGAGCGAAUUUGUGUUAAGUACAUAUCCCGAACAUAAUCUACCUAAAGAUUGGGAAAGUUUUAUACAAGAAUUCUUCAAGCCAAAGGUUAGUCUAGAAGAAUGGAUAAGCGAUUGGCGUGAUCUCCAUAACCAAAAAAUCAACGGAAACAAAAUUCACAAAGACUUGGCAGAUGCAAUCUACCAUAUACUUGCACCAUAUAUUGAAGCCUUUGAAGCGCCUUACAACAUAUUGAAGUCAGGAGACUUACGAGAAAAUCAAUAUAAUGCUCAGUUCGUUAGUCCUAUAUUAAAGUAUACAUUAAAGGCCAUAUGUAACGUUGAUUGGAGAAUUCUUGAAGUGCCAGUAGAAAGUAGCAAAGAUCGUCGUAAUGCAAACAUCAAUCCAAUCAUUGAUAAAGUCUUAGAGGCGAAGUGUGCAGAUGGGCUUGCGCGUCUUUGGUUAAGUCGUGAAGAAGUAUUUCUAUACGAACAAACAGGACCCCCGGACUUCGAUCAUUUGACGCAACUUUACAUUCAUGAUUAUAAGCUGAUUAGAACAAUGAGAGAUGUGCUGAACCAAAGAAUAAUCCUUCACCUUAAAGACGGAAUAUAUGAUCACAAAAACCUUGCAAGUUUCGGUGCUUUCGGUCAUCGCACUGAAGUAUCUUUAUUUUGGCUAACAAUACAUCAGAAAUCAUAUUGUCUUCGCGAAUACGGAACUUUCAAGAUCCCUACAGCUUGGCAAGAUUUCCCUGUUUUUUCCGAAGUAAUCAUAUCAUGUCUUAAGUUCUUUGUGAGUAUAAUAGUGUUUCAUUCAUUUAUUCACCACCCUUUACUAAUGCCGGUUUAUGAUCAGUCCUUCAUGAGAGAAAAUAUCGAAGUGAAAAGACCAUAUGUUGAACAAAAGCAAAAGUUGCUGACCAAACGAAGGGUACAUACAAUAAAGCAGAACCAAUCAACACCAGAUCGACCCAAAAAGCAGAAGAAGUCGAAAUGA